AUUGCGAUGAAAUAUUUCAUGAAGACAAUUUUAUAACGCGAGCGACAAUUUUAUACAGACGAAAUUGUAAUUGGCGAGAUAGCAAACUGAAACGAUUACAAGUUCUAAGUUCAAGCAAGCUGGGAACGAGGACAUUCUCAGCGUUCUAUUUGAAGUUUGAUGGGCUUCGUUAUCAUAUAUCAACCUCAUCUCUCCCGCCGCUCUUCGAGUCGUUGGGUUCGAAAACGAAAUCUGCCAUCCAACAUCUUCGAGCACCACUGCCGUCGCAGAUCGGGUUCGGGCGUAUAGUCCGGCAACAUCUGAGACGUCGAACAGGUUCUGGAUGAGUGUCUUAUGAACGAAUGAGACUUGGAUUGCUACUCGACACGGAGAAAUAAGGCGUUGAGUCGUGCGGAACCCCACUCACGACUACUACUGCAGAAGAUCAUCGAUCAAAUGCACGAGGCUCUAUCAGUCUCACAGUAAAAAAUAAGAAUGAGAAAAACUAGUUCCAUCUACGCCAUGACUCUGCAUAGUUAUAGUUUGUCUUUGUACAAACAGGAUAAGCAUCAAAUCAAACGAAUAAUAUCUAGGGAAUAAAUUAAAGCGCAAGGCUACCGGCUGUGCCAGUAGUAAUAAAUGAACUUCAGACACAGAAAUUGAUCGCCUUUGCUUUGUCUUGCGUCAUUGUUAGCAUUCUGCCUCUCGACCUAAGGAGGCACUUCUUGUUUACAAUUUCGAAUACUGUUACUUAUACAAGUAGUACUUACAGCUACUUCGCGAUCGGCACCACAGGCACGCCACCAGUAGAGUACGGAGAAUCUCGAAGCUGAGCGUCUCUGACUCUGUCUAUAGAGAUUCUUAUAGAAUACGAACUUCUGCGAGAAUUUACCCUUGAAGGCCCCGCCCGCCUCCGACUCAUUUGCACUUCGAAUUCCUGUAAAUAAUAUUUAUUGAUUUAAUUUAAGUUUUCCGAUAAUUUGUACAACCAGAACCAGAACCAAUGUACAUUAUAGUCCACCAAAGGAAUCAUGAAAUUUGAAUUUCAACGUUUCUGGCUUUGAAGUGCAGCUUUCUUUUUGGGAAAUUCGGAACAUUUGG